GCGCAACUCCCGCUUACUUUUUCUCCAAGUGACAGAAAAGCUGCUGAGAAGUGAGAAAAGAGGAGAGGAACAGUUGAAAACUGGAAACUCGACCGCAGAUAAGGGGGCAAUAAACUGAGUUUCGAAAUAAAAAAAAAGCAGGAGAGAAGCCAGAAAAUAAACCGUGUGGUUUCCCCUCGAAGAGACUUCGUGAGGAAGAAGCAAUUUGUUGUAGGCUAAUUAAAUCCAAGAAAAACGGAGUGGCAUCUAGUUGUAGAAAAGCCCUCUUAAGGUUCACCGGGGGAACGCCGGGAAAAUCUUCCUACCUUACUUUUUUUUUUAACGGGGAAUUAGCCCACGGUUUAAGGUGUGAAGACGACCGAAGAAGUUCGCCUUUCUGGUCCGCUAUGUUGGCGUUUUGCCUGCUAAGUGCCGUGUGGCUCGCUGCGAGCCCGACCCGCGCUCAGAACGAGACGGAACCAAUCGUCCUGGAGGGGAAGUGCCUAGUUGUGUGCGACUCCAACCCGACCUCGGACCCCACGGGUACGGCUCUCGGGAUCUCGGUGCGCUCGGGCAGCGCCAAGGUGGCAUUUUCCGCCGUCCGGAACACCAACCAUGAGCCCUCCGAGAUGAGCAACCGAACCAUGGUCAUUUACUUCGAUCGGGUUCUAGUAAACGUUGGGAGGAAUUUUGACGAGGAGAGAAGUAAUUUCAUCGCGCCGCGCAAAGGGAUUUACAGUUUUAACUUCCAUGUAGUGAAAGUCUACAACCGCCAAACUAUACAGGUGAGCUUGAUGCACAAUGGCUGGCCCGUGAUUUCAGCGUUUGCAGGAGACCAGGAUGUGACGCGUGAGGCGGCCAGCAAUGGUGUUCUGAUCCAGAUGGAGAAGGGAGACCGGGCUUACCUCAAACUGGAGAGAGGAAACCUAAUGGGAGGAUGGAAAUACUCCACCUUCUCCGGCUUCCUGGUGUUCCCCAUGUAGAGGAAAAUGGAGAGGAAGAGGAGGAGUAGGGGGUGGAAAUGAAGGAGGAGGAAGUGGUGGAAGAUGGAAAGUACGAUGAAGGUGGGGAAAAGGCAGAUGCAGGAAGAAGAGGUGCUUGGGAAAGAGAAAAGGACGUGAAUAAGAUGGUGGAAAAGGAAGAGAAUAUGAAAAAAGAAGAGGGGAUGUGACAACAGACUUCUGUUUGGGACGCUGCAGAGGGUGGAGGGAAGAGGAAGGAUGAGAGAUGUUAGAGAGAUGUAAGAGCAUGACAUAGAACGAUGAAAUUAGGGUAAAAUGAGACAAGGAUUAUGGAGCCAGUACAUGAGAGUGUAUGGCCAGCUUCUUUACUUCCCUUCCUCCUUUCAUGCAUCCUUUCAUUCAUCCUUUUCCUCUGUUUUCUCUGUGGCUUGACUGCAGCUUUGGACACCCAAAACUUUUUUUAUUCUAUGCUGAAAGACGCAAUUGAUCAUUUAUAUGUUCCAGAGUGUUCUAAAGCCAGAGUGUAACCCCCACCCCUCGUCCACAUUCAUCAUUCAAUCAUUAAUUCAUCGAUCUCCAUCAACAUAAGCUUUGAAGAAUGUUUCUCCAAGAACUGCUCCCAUCAUGUCCCAUUCACUGUGGCCAUAUUUGUAGUCUUUUUUCUUAUGCUUGACAUAAAUUGCCCCGAUUUUGGAUCAGCCUCUACCCCAUAGCCAAACUAGAAUUUUUAUAGGGGAAUCACUAAACUCUGAUCACAAAAUCAGGGGCUGAGGACACAUUUACCUCCCCUGUAAGUUGUCUUUUAUAGUUAUAAUAAUUACUGGCUUUUUCAGAUACCUAGACAGUUUGUUCUUGAAAUACACAUCUGUUUCUCCCCUCCUAUCCAUUUUUCCUAGUCUCUGUUACCUAAGUCUUGCACAUAGCCCUGCUCUUUCCUUCUGCAUCCUUGUAAGUCUUCUCCUAUUCUUUGUCUUCAAAUUGAAUGUUUUGAUUUUUUACAACAGCUAGCGGUAAUAAUAAACAUUUGCUUUCCAGCUGUGAGCAUCAAACCAGUCU